GAAUGUUAUCAUUUAUGUGAUCGACUGGAAUUACUUGUUUUAUCGCAGUUUUACGGAGUGGAUACUCGGAAGUAGCCUCCUAUUCAUUAAACCAUGAGUGAACUGCGGUUGGGAGUGGAAAUCGGAUUCAAGAAGAUCUCCAUUGCGCAGUACGAGAACGGUGUGCCGCGGGUGCUGCUCAGCUUUCCAUCCGUCGCGGCCUGCAGCAAUGAUCACCACGACUGGCAUUUUGGUAUGGAUGCGCGCAGCUACCGCGCUGACAGCCGAUACCAAUCCCUCCCCUCGAUUAAAGGCACAUUGCUGGCGUACGGCUGCGGCGAGAAGGAUCCGCUUUUGCCGCUGCUGUUGGAGAAGCUCUUUGCCUACAUCAAGAUGAUCGGAGAGACUGAACGGAAGCAGUGUCUCCGAGGCGUUGUUGUCGUUCUGCCGCAUGGUCUGAAUUGCAGUCCAGUCAUCCGUCAACUGGUGAUGGACGCCUGGCAGAAGAACAGCGUCAUGGAUGUCCUGUGCAUCUCCGACGUAUCGGCCAUUCUGCUGGCCUACACCGUGCAGACACUGGACCGGCAAUCCAUCAACACCAACGCAUCCGAACCGGUUCAUCUGCUGGUGUGCAAUGCGGAUUCGGAGCACUGCCGUGUAGACGUCUUCGAGGUGAUUCAGAACAACCACCUCGUCAAGUUUCACAGUGGCCAAUAUGUUGUGUGGAAGUGCUUCGCUAGACUGCGGCGACACCUGGUCAACGCUGUUUUUCAACAUUUCAAGAGAGCCGGGAUGCCUGAAUUGGAUCAGCGUAUGUUGCUGCAGCUGGAGGAGGAGUGCGUGGACCAGAUGGCGCUUUUUAACGAUCCGCGGACCGAGAAAGUAACCAUUCGUGCCCCACUACAGAAGUAUGUCAUGAUCUGUACCCGGAAGACAUACCAUGCGGUGGCGGAGUCAAGCGUUGAAGUCGUCCGAAAGCGUGUCGUGGCGGAGUUAACGAGGUUCGGUCUCAUGGACGCCAACACCGGGAACAUUAAAGGGAACUGCGGCUGCUGUUGGUGGGCGAGAAUUCCCGGUUGGGGCUGUUGCGCAGGGCGUUGGAGGAUGUCACAAAGAGCCAGAUAAUUGCCGGAGUGGCGAGUUAUGUGGACGAUGCGGAAGCGUUUGGUGCGGCGAUUGCCAGCAGUCUGGCGGGGAACCGUGCGAAUAUCGAUAGACAGGAACUGCUUUUUCGGUUGCAAGAGGGACUCGCAUUCAAUUUGGAAAAAAUACUAAGGACUCUAACGUCGCCGCUUCAAGAGGCCCACGCUCUGGUGCAACCGGCUCGGGAUAUCUUCAUCAGCGACGUCCGUCGGGACUUUGCGCUGUCCGGCGAAUUAUAUAUGGGUUACCCGAAAGAGCCCGUUACCCUUCCUGCUUCCCGCCUGCUGUUGUCCACUCAGAAGAUGGGAAGGUCCAAAGUGCACUGUAUUAGCUUGGAAAGCAGCGUAAACAGUCAGCCGGUGACGUACAUGCGGAUGCUACUCGGUAGGGAUGUGCGGAUUCAGUUGCGCAAAUUACAGCCUGAUAGGCCGGACGAUACGGCCGACAAAUAUUUGUGGAUUCAGGCGUCUUUUACAUAUCGAGAGAGCGCCGGCUGGAGCAAUCUCUGGGUUUUUGCUGAUGACCCCAGUGCUUAUGAGCCGUUCAUGGUGGAAUACGACGCGCGACGGCGAGAAAUGCUGAACUCAUUUCCUUCUGCAGCUGACGCGGACAAACCACUUCCUAAUGUAGAGUGGCCAUCAUCGUCCUCGUUUGUCGCCCUUGUUUCCGACCAGCUGUCGACCCAGCAUUCGUAUGCAAUCGAGAAAAACCGUCAGCAUCCAAGCAUUGUUACCGUCAAUUACAGCUUCACGCAGGGGGUGGUUGUCGUGGUCCAACAGUGCCAAGAAGUGACCGGAAAGCUGCAAGCGAUGGAGAGCGCUUUCGUCAUCGAACGGCCGCAUAAAACCCGAGAAAGUACGGUGGAUGGAGAUACCGUUGUCAUUGAGUUGACACCACAAGAUUGCGUCCGUGUUAGCUUUCCCAACGAAGCCACUCGCUGGGAUUUCCUUAAAAAGUGUUCGGUCUUUUGGCAGCUGUGCACGCUGUGAUCGGCUCUGGGCCAACUUGACAGAGUGCGACGGUAAUGAAUAACCAUAACUAAUUCUGUUUUGAAAUUUACAA